GUGGUUGGCCGGCAGAGCGGAGGGCCCCAGGAGUCUGAUGGCGGCGGCGGCUCUGGAGGAUCCUGUCUUGAUCCGUCAUUUUAAAGGACACAAAGAUGCAGUCACCUGUGUUGCCUUCAAUCCAACUACUAGAGCACUUGCUACCUCUUCUUUGGAUAGGUUCUUAAUGAUAUGGAACUUGAGGCCAAACUCCAAAGCCUUCAGGUUUGUGGGUCACUUGGAAGGUGUGACCAGUGUACAGUUUUCACCAGAUGGAAACUUGCUGGCAUCUGCUUCUCAAGAUAGGACAGCCAGGCUAUGGAUUCCAUGUAUUCACGGUGAAUCCACACCAUUAAAGGGCCAUACAGCAGCAGUCCGUAGCGUGAACUUCUCGUACGACAGUCAGUUUCUAGCUACUGCAUCCAACGACAAGUCUGUAAAAGUCUGGAGUGUUUACAGCCAACGUCUUUUGUUUACCUUAUUCCAGCACACACACUGGGUGCGCUGUGCCAAAUACUCACCAGAUGGAAGAUUAAUAGUUUCUUGCAGCGAUGAUAAAACUGUUAAAAUCUGGGAUUUAAGAAACAAAACCUGUGUUGAUGAUAUAAUAGAUCAUGAAGGAUUUGCCAACUAUGUGGACUUCAGUCCUGAUGGUACGUGUAUAGCUUGCGCAGGCUCUGAUCACACAGUGAAGAUCUGGGACAUUCGAAUAAACAAAUUAUUGCAGCAGCAUCGAGUUCACAGAUCGGGCGUUAACUGCACGUCUUUCCAUCCUUCUGGCAACUAUCUCCUCACAGCUUCCAGCGACAGUACUGUUAAGAUUUUGGAUCUUUUAGGAGGAAGACUCUUGUACACACUUCAUGGGCAUGAGGGACCUGUUCUCUCUGUAGCCUUUUCAAAAGGUGGAGAAACAUUUGUCUCUGGUGGUGUGGAUGCACAGGUGUUGUUCUGGAAAACAAACUUUGAUGCAUUUGAAUACAAGAAAGUUCUUAAAAAUCACAUGCGAAAAUUACAUGGGGAUGAACCCCCUCACCUUCUUGAUAUUUACCCUCGAUCACCUCAUCGCCAUGAUGCAAAACCACAAUCUGUUGAGAUAGAUCCCAGCUACGACGUCACAGAUAUGCAAACACUCGACCCUCCUGUCGUAGAUAUUACCUCACCUUCUGAUUUAAUGACAAAGCCAAGUAUCCCUUUAGCUCAACCUUCCAUGCAACAAGAGAGAGUGAUCAUGCAGCAAGAUGGAAUGAACAGCCAAGACAUGCAGCAGCAUUCAGUUUUAUCCUCACCAAGAGCAACAAGGACAAGUUUAGAAGACAGAAGUAAAUACAUUGCGCACACCAUGGAUGAGCCAGUAGGCAUUUCUCCAGUUUUGACUAAUGCCUUGGAACACAUUGUGGAGCAGCUGGAUGUUCUUACUCUUACUGUCUCAAUCUUGGAGCAACGCCUGACUUUGACAGAAGAUAAACUGAAAGAAUGCUUAGACAACCAAGAGAAACUGUUACUCUCUGUCAGAGACUGAAAAUAAACAAUGCAGAUGCAUUCUCAGGAAGACAAAACAGUGACAUGAAGCAAAUAAAAUGUGCCUCUUUGGUGGAAGUGAUUUCCCUAAAAAUCAUUGAUAACAUUUUGAACAUGUAA